AUGGGAAUCUCCAAACCUGAAAAGGAAUUACUCUCCGUAGACGACCAGCGUGCGAUGGAGAUCUUAGAAGCAGUAACACACCGCAAAGACGGCCAUUAUGAAUCCGGUCUUCUCUGGAAGUACGACGCUGUGCGACUUCCCGACAGUAAGGCGAUGGCCUUGAGAAGAUGGGAGUGCCUGGAGCGUCGGAUGAAAAAAGACGAGGAACUAGCGGGGGCUUUACGCACAAAAAUGUUUGAUUAUGUCCAGAAGGGGUAUGUCCGUAAAUUGACCAGUGAGGAGCUGAAGAUCCGACAUCCGCGCGAGUGGUACUUGCCAGUGUUUCCAGUUUAUAAUCCCAACAAGCCAGGAAAGCUGCGUUUGGUUUGGGAUGCAGCAGCAACAGCUCAUGGGAUCUCUUUAAAUUCGGUUCUAUCGAAGGGACCGGACCAGCUAACGUCCCUGUUGACUGUGUUGAUUCAGUUCCGGGAGUAUCGAGUUGCGGUAUGCGGAGACAUCCGGGACAUGUUUCACCAGGUUUUGAUGAGAGAGGAAGAUCAACAUUGUCUGAGGUUCUACUGGGAAGGAGAUAUUCAAGGUAGCGCGCCGAAUGUGUAUGCUAUGACAGUGAUGACGUUUGGCGCAUGCUGCUCGCCCACGACAGCUCAAUACGUCAAAAACAUCAAUGCGAAGCGAUUCGAAGCCGAUUUCCCGCAAGCUGUCGAAGCUAUUGUGAAAAAGCAUUACGUCGACGACAUGCUUGCCAGCGUCGAAACUGAGGAGGAAGCGGUGAAGUUAGCACAGGAUGUAAAACGCAUUCACGCCGCAGGAGGUUUUGAAAUGCGGAACUGGUUAUCCAAUUCGUCGAUUGUCCGUGAAUCCCUACAGGAAGACACUUCUACAGAGAAGUACCUCGGGGCUGAAGAAGAAAACUUCACCGAAAAAGUAUUAGGUCUUUGGUGGAACACAACUACCGACUGUUUCACGUUUAAGGUAUCUCAACGAUACGACCGGGAUCUGCUCUCUGGAUGCCGCCGACCUACCAAACGCGAGGUGCUUCGAACACUAAUGAUGAUGUUUGACCCACUAGGCUUCAUUUCGCAUUUUCUAAUGUACCUGAAAGUACUGAUGCAGGAGAUAUGGAGGUCGUCGAUUGACUGGGAUACCCCUAUUGAAGAACCACAGUUCCAGAAGUGGCUGGUUUGGCUCAAAGUUCUACCAGAAGUAGCAAAUGUCCAGCUUCCACGGUGUUAUAGACUUUCAGUGUCAAUGGAUAGCAGCUGCAACAUUCAGAUGCACACGUUCGUUGACGCGAGUGAGAGCGGGUUCGCUGCGGUUGUGUACCUAAGGUUCGAACAAGGAGACGCUACAGAGACUGCAUUCGUCAGUGCAAAAACCAGAGUUGCUCCACUGAAAUUUCUCUCCAUUCCCCGCUCAGAACUGCAAGCCAGUAUUCUUGGUGUUCGGUUAGCAAACAGCGUUGCCCGGUCAUUGUCUGUUGCGGUAAGCAAACGCUACUUUUGGACCGACUCAAGGGAUGUCCUUUGCUGGCUGAACUCCGAUCAUCGAAGGUACAGUCAGUUUGUGGCAUUCCGGGUAAGCGAGAUCCUGGAGGCGACUGAUGUGAAAGAAUGGCGUUGGGUUCCAACCAAACUGAACGUGGCCGACGAAGGAACCAAAUGGACGCGCCAACCUGAUCUCAGUGCCUCCAGCCGUUGGUUUCAAGGACCGGAAUUCCUACGAAAACCUCAAGAAGAAUGGCCAGCUCCCUCCCAUCAUGGACCGACGGACACAGAGAUUAGAGCGCAUCUGUUAGCGCACGUUUCUACGACCGAAUCCAUUAUAAACCCGCAGAAUUUUUCGAAUUGGACCACCAUACUACGUACAACGGCGUUCGUGUUCCGGUAUAUAUCCAAUUCUCGGCGGAUGACGAAGCAACGUACCGGAGGACCGUUGACGCAGCAGGAGUUAGCAAGAGCAGAGAACUUUCUGUAUCGCCUUGCCCAGAGUGACGAGUACGCAGAAGAAAUGGCUAUCCUUUUUAAUAAUCGCUUGUGUGAAACGGAUAAGCAACGUAUACCCAAGAGCAGUUCUAUUGCUUUUUUCUGCCCUUUUCUCGAUGCAUCCGACGUAUUAAGGGUUCGGGGCCGAACUGGUGCCUGCCCGAUGAUCGACUACGACGCAGUUAAUCCCAUCAUACUUCCUCGUACUCAUCAUGUCACACAUCUGAUUCUGCUUCAAUAUCACCGCAAAUAUCAUCAUCAAAACCAUAACACUGUUCUCAACGAGAUUCGCCAACGAUACAGAAUCCCACGUCUGAAGUCCACAUACAACACAAUUCGUAAGCAGUGCCAGGAAUGCAUGAAUGAAAGGGCCACAGUAGGGCAGUUCAGACUUUAA